AUGACAGAAUCACUCGCCAAGUUCGAGUUUCCAACCUCGCUCCAGGAAUAUGCAGUGAAUGCUGCAGAGUACUUGCAUCAACACCCACAAUUUGACGUGCUUUGCACUGGCAUCGUCGUCUUCGACAAGGAUGGAAAGAUGCUGCUGGUGCAGCGCGCAGCUGAUGAACGAGCCUUCCCUGACAUGUGGUCCCAUGCUAAUGGACAUCAGGAAGUGCCAGGAGGCAAAGUGGACGAUACAGACGAGACGCUGCUACACGCGGCUGUACGGGAACUAAAAGAAGAAACUGGGCUCGUUGCAACCCGCGUCUGUGGCAAGGCUGCAGAGUUCACGUUCGAGGAUGGAAAACCAGGUCGACGGCCCGUCAUCUGGCUGAAGCUCAUCUUUCACAUGGAAGUAGAGAAGCUGGACAUUACUCUGGAUCCAGUGGAGCACCAGCGGUAUCUGUUCGCAACCAAAGAAGAGAUUGAACAUGAACUCGUUGGGGAUGUGAAACUUGCUUACAUCUCUGAGGAGAAUAAGCGGAUCAAACUUGAUGCUUUUAGCCUGCUGAAGGAAGCGAACCCAUCAUGA